UUUAAAAUUUUACUUUAAGUCUGGAUCAGCUCUCGCCUUGAAUGAUCUUUGCACGGAUUAUGGCGUGUUUUCUCACCCAACUGAUUGCACGAGAUUUUACACGUGCCACGGAUCUAAAGCUCACGGAUUCAAGCAGACGGUACACAAAUGCCCCUAUGGAAUGAUUUUCAGCAAGACGGAGUACCAGUGCAUUGAUUACGCAGGCAAUGAGGACGCGGAGUGUGAGUACAGGGGUCUGAUUUCCCCCAUGGCGAGCGACCCCGCGUGCGAGGACCAAGCGGUGCACUGCAACAACUGCACGCACCUCGUCUUCUGUCAAUUGAUCGGCGAGGAAUACCAAAAUCCGCAGUACGAGGACUGCGCAACGUCGACAUCAGGCGCCGCGCCCUACUGUGACUCGACCGUGCGGGCCUGCACCUCGCUGCUGCCCGAGGGUUGCCAGGUGCUCGGAUUCGUGUGCACCUCCGUUGGCUUCUUCCCCGACACCAAAUCCUGCAACAUUUACCACAUCUGCUACGACACGCUAACUUACGAAUCUUUCAGAUGCACUUCUCCAACAGACAAUUUGUACAACAGCCAGAAAUUCAGAUGCAGCAAUGACUCUAUUUGUGAACCUCCAAUGUGUGGAGGAAUAAUUGGUCUUGUGAGCUACCCGAGCGAUCCUCGCUACUAUUUGCUGUGCAUGUCGGCUGGCCGCAGCGAAAUCUACUCGUGCCCUGGCAACACGCAGUUCAUCGAUGGCUCUCAGGGCUGUCAAUUCGUAUGCGAGCGGGAGGGCCUGUUCGCCGUUCACGACGAUUGCUUCUCCUACUACAGGUGUGAAGGAAACGGCGGCUCCUUCAACCAAGAGAUCGAGACGUGCCCUGAGGGAAUGGCCUUCAACCCCAUUGCAGGAGCGUGCGAUGCCCUAGAAAACGUCAGAUGCUAAAAUUGUUUGGCACAAAUAAUAUUAUUUUUCUUCUGUUGAUAAUUCAUGUAGAUUUAUUGAACAUUUCAUUAUUAUUAUCGAAUCAAUUAAAUUUUUUUUAAUAAAAAUAUUGUUUUGAACUUUAGGGGUU